UUGACCGGCUCCCAUUCAGUGAUCGGCUUCCUGCAAGUGUUCAGCCCUGUAUGAGAAGGCUUGCCGUUAUGAUAUCCUGGUGGUGGUGUUUGGAGCACGACGUGUGGACUGCUGUCUGAUCACUCACUCCACUGAUCCAAUGGUUCACAGGAAAGGACUAACAUGGUCAUUGUAGAUAUUAAAAUCUUAUCUGGAUUCACAGCUGAUACAUCAUUGUUUAGAACAUCUUCCGGCAGAUAUGUAUCACUUGUGGAGCGGGUCGAUGCCAAAGAUGAUCAAGUCAUUGUGUAUUUUAAAGAGAUCCCAAAAAAUAUUCCAAUGAAUUAUCAGAUACAAAUGAAACAGGUUCUUCUAGUAAAGAAUCUCAGGCCAGCUGUGGUCAAAGUGUAUGAUUACUACCAAACAAAGGCCACUGCCAAUAUCAGACCCUUCCCUUCGGCCUACAUGGCGCCCCCAUGACGUUCUAACGUCCCCAUCAAGCUUACGUGGCCGCAUACUUGGAUGAUGUCAUCGUCCACUCAGAGGCGUGGGAGGACCUCCUAACCGGUUCUGGGAGCCCCGGACUUCAGCUGCCUCUUCCUGCUACAAACCCAUGCUUCUGACAUGGGUCUGGGAGUGGUCCUGUCCAAGAUCCAGGAGGGGGAGGAGCAUCUGGUUCUCUACAUCAGCCGAAAGCUGACCCCAGCCGAGAGAAACUAUGCUGCAGUGGAGAAGGAAGCCCUGGCCGUCAAGUGGGCAGUCCUGUUCACCGAUCUUGCCCCACUUCAAUGGAUGGCCCUGGCCAAGGAGACAAAUCCCAGGGAGACCCGGUGGUUUCUAGCGCUCCAGGACUUCCACUUUGUCGUGCGCCCCCACUUUUCGCACACCUCGUUACAGGACCAGGACGACACUUGAAGGGAGAUAUGACGAGCAUCCCGAGCAGCCAUCAGCGUCACCCUGGCAACAAACACGGAGCACCUGGAUCCACUCAUCACAGGCUGAUCGGUCGCAGGUGUGACUCAUUCCCCUCAGGCUUGAAAAGGUCACGAGGCACGCCAGAGGGGUGAGGAUGAACUCCACUGAAGCUGGCAGUAACUUUCUGUUUCUUGUCUUUCGCAGACAGCAGCGUAUGACCGAUCAGCCACCAUAUAUAGCUUUAUCCACUUGUCAUCACUUACUCUAAAUGUAAUAAAAUCAGAACAAUACUUGUGUUUUAGUGUUUGCAUGGUUACUUUUAGUUAUUGGUGUUUUAAUCAGAUUACUUGUCUGGUGUUAAUUAAUCGUUAGUGUCGAACCCUGGAGUCUAUAUGCCGAUUUAAACCCUGCUUGUAACUAGUUACUCCUCAACACUGGAAACAUUAUAUUUCAGAAUCAGGCAUUUAAUGAUGAUACUUAAAAAAAAAUCUAAUUUGCAGCAUAGCAGUGUCAAAGUACAUGUAGUACCUUUGGUUCAACAGAGUCUUGCAUUUUACUCUGAAUUUUGAAUAUGCAAAAUUCACAAUCUGGGAAAUUAUAGUUACAAUUGCAAGACUUUAUAUCACACAAUUCAGAAAAAAAGAUAAAAUUCAAGAUCCUACACAGAAAACAAUCAAACGAACAUGAUAAAACAUUUAUCAUGCUGUAAAAUCUUGUGUAUUAACAGAUAUGCAGUACUUGACAGUUUAAUGAACUGAGCUGUAUAUUAUAAGGGGUCAAAGGAUUUGCAAAUAUGAUGAAACAUUUACUCUGAGUGGGUGUAAGGGAUUCUUGACCCUUGUUUUUAGUAUUAUUUGUUGAUUAAAGAGAUAAGUAUCCUUAGUAGUCAGUAGGGCUUUUUUUGUUUGUUUAUAGUUUGAUCAGAUGAUGA